GCAACUUGGUCAAACACGGCGACAGCGCACCUCUCAUUUUCCUUAACAAAGAAUGAUUCCAACAUACAACCCACGCGCUUUGCCCUUUCUUUUUCACUUGUACUCUCCUCCUCUUCCCGGAAUUCUUCUCCUCCCAUCUUCAACUAAAGAUAUCUAGCAUAAAACCAUAAUGGGGUGCUUCUCUUGCUGUGAGGAUGAUGACAUGCAGAAGAUUGCUGGUCAUGGACAAUACACCACACCUCACACUGCAGGCAAUCCUGUAGGCCAUCGUGCCACUGAAGCAACGCCGAAGGACAGAGAGACUGUUACUAUGCAGCCGAUAUCUGUCCCUGCGAUUCCAGUUGAUGAAUUGAAGGAUAUUACAGAUAAUUUUGGUUCAAAGUCUUUGAUUGGCGAGGGAUCGUACGGGAGGGUGUAUCACGGAGUGCUGAAAAAUGGACAGGCGGCAGCUAUUAAAAAGUUGGACUCUAGCAAGCAGCCUGACAAAGAAUUUUUAGCACAGGUCUCUAUGGUGUCAAGAGUAAAGCAUGAAAAUGUGGUUCAACUACUUGGUUAUAAUGUGGAUGGUGGUCUACGAGUUCUGGCCUAUGAGUAUGCUACGAAUGGAUCCUUGCACGAUAUUCUUCAUGGAAAGAAAGGUGUCAAGGGCGCACAGCGAGGGCCAGUUCUCUCAUGGGUUCAAAGAGUUAAAAUUGCUGUUGGGGCCGCAAAAGGAUUGGAAUACUUGCACGAGAAGGCAGAGCAUCAUUUUAUUCAUCGUGACAUCAAGUCAAGUAAUGUUUUACUUUAUGAUGACGAUGUCGCUAAGAUUGCAGAUUUCGACUUGUCCAAUCAAGCCCCUGACACAGCAGCCCGUCUUCAUUCCACUCGUGUUCUUGGGACUUUUGGCUAUCACGCACCUGAGUAUGCAAUGACUGGCCAGCUAAGUUCAAAGAGCGAUGUUUACAGUUUUGGUGUGGUACUCCUCGAACUCUUAACUGGUCGUAAACCGGUGGAUCAUACACUGCCAAGGGGACAGCAGAGUCUUGUGACAUGGGCCACGCCAAAGCUCAGUGAAGACAAGGUAGACCAGUGUGUUGAUGGUAGACUCGGAGGGGAUUACCCGCCUAAGGCUGUUGCAAAGAUGGCUGCAGUUGCUGCCUUGUGUGUGCAAUACGAAGCAGAUUUCCGCCCCAACAUGAGCAUCGUAGUGAAAGCUCUCCAGCCUUUGCUGAAUGCUACCAACAGGAACAGCCACUUGUGAAAUGUUGUUAUCUUUGGCACUCAUUUAUACCAUGUUUUGAGUUGUGUAGAUAUAGUCAGCAUUCUUUUGUUGGCAGAUUGCUACUUUCUAUAUUUUUUUGUGGGGAAUGGAUCAAAUUUUAUUCAUGUAAUGUGCUUUCUCUUAUUAACAUUAACACUCCUCUCUGAGUAUUAUAAUUGUCUUGUGUUUUUGUGAUUA